AUAUGCUCCAUGAAAUUAACUAAUAAUAUUAUUGAAUGGUCAGUAUCUGCCGUUCCGCAAUAUUCAAUGCGAAUCAUCAUAGCCUUAUAUAAGGCUUUUUGUCAUUUUCAGUUCACUAUCUCUCAUAUUCUUGCCAUAUCUAUUGUCCCUUCAGCCUAUGCAAAUCAUUAUAUUUAAGCGACCAAAAGAAUGGAACCCUGCAGAGCUAUGUCUACUGACGCGCAGUGUCUUUGCCCAAACUUCGGUGUGCAUGCAAAAAGAUUGCUAUCCCGAGUCGUGCCUGCCUCCGUUCCUAUGCGCAUGAAUACUACCUUAA